AGUAAUCGACAGUCCACACUAAGUUCUCAUAUUGAACAGAGACAAGUAGUAUGCAGGAUCUAUAUCAAAUGAACCAGAGGAGAUGAGCUCAUUCAAUCCCAAAGAAGAAAUAGAGCCCUCAAAUUCCUCAAAGAAAAGAAAGGAUCUUCCAUAGACUCAGAUAGCUGAUAUUCUUACAAAAAUGGAAUAUGUCCAGAAAUUCGCAGGCAUAAAAAUCUGAACCUUUCCACUACAACAAAUUAGGUGAUACAAAGCCAAAUUCCAAUCACAAUGAACCCCGUACCGAUCAACGCUAACCCAAUCCGAGUUUCUUCGCCCAGGAGCAUGGCGAACACGGCGGUGGCGGCGAACGUCGUGGCGUUGGUGACAGGGACGGCGAGCGAAAUCGGGGCGUCGCUCAGGAGAGCGAAGAAAGUGGCGGAAGCAGAGAGGUUGAUCAAGAAAGGGAUGGAAUACUGCCAGAACAGCAGGAGGCUGAUCGCGCUUCUGAGCGAAGAGAUGAGCUUCCGGUGGAGCGCCGUCGAUUUUGGCGCGGCGGCGGGAGAUCCGGGAGAUCUUUUGUCGUACAGCAGAGCCCCGCGGCGGAUUAAGGCGUUGGUUGCGCCCCAGAUGAGGCCUACGGCCACCAUUUUCUCGACGUCACCGGGCAUAGAUGGCAGUUCACGGUGGCUCUUGGCGGCGGCGAUGGUAGUAAGCUUAAACCGGCGGUUGAGCAAAGGGCAAGAAGAGAGACUUCUGUCUUUCCGGUUACCCGACGAACGAAUUGCUUGUUGCCGGGUAUGGGAAGCAAACCAUGGUUCUGGUAACCAGACCGGAACUGUUUGAACCGGUCCAACCGACCCAUGGCUUCUAGCAGUUCGGUUUAUAGCUCCAGCGAGUCGGGUCUGAUAAUAGGGCUGCAAAUGAGCCGAGUCGAGUCGAGUUUUACCCCAGCUUGAGUUCGGCUCGUUAAUAAACGAGUCGAGCUCGAGCUAACUUGUUUACUUAAUAUCUUGACUUUUAUUUGGUACUUCAUUUACUAUAUCAUGAUACAUAUGAUUUAUUUUGUUAGCUAAUCUCAUAUUAUACUUUGCUGGUAUCAUAUAUCACUUAGGAAUAAAUUUUAACUACUCCAAAUCAUGUUAUUUCAUAGUAUCAAAGCAAUCUAUGAUACAUAAUUUCUUUUUAAAGUAGAAAUUAAGACAUAUUUGCUCACAUACUCAAUGUGUUAAACUUAUAUGGUGAGAUAUAUAAUUUAACAACCAUAUGAAUAAAUCAUAAGAUAUAGAUUGAUUCGUCCAUAAUUUGGUAACCGAGUUGGCUUUCUAGCCACAUGUUGAGACAUAUAAUGAGCUCUAAACGAGCCAGCUCACGAGUUUAGCUCAACAAGCCACCAAGUCGAGCUAGUUCGCGAGCUUCACGAGCUGAACAAAACUUAGCUCAUGUUCGGCUCGUUUAUUAACGAGCUGAGUUACAAACGAGCUUUUCUCGAUUCGAACGUCGAGCCACUCGCGAACAGCUCGACUCAUUUGCAGCCCUACCUGAUAGUAACAAAUUUUAGGAACCGGGCCAUUCCACGCUCACUUUGUUAACCGGUUAGAAUUGAUUUAUCCAAAAUGGGGGGGAAAAAAAAAACUGGGGGAGGGUAAAUAUUAGUUACCCAUCAUAUAUAACUACUUAUUUAUCCAUUCAAUAAAAGUUAUAUUUCAAUCGCUUAAACUGACAUUCAGUAGGAUAUAUUCUUAAGUAAAACAAUACAACGCCGGUUAAAGCUUACCACAAUAUGUAUCAUAAUCAAGAGUUUGGUGAUACAAAAACUCAUAUCAUAAUAAUGACGAAUAUCAUACGAUAAAAUGAUGAUAAAAAUAUACUAACCAAUAUCUUAUCAUUACUCUCACAAUUCACAAACAUCAUGAAGGUCUUUCUUACGCCUUACCUUAACCCCAUUAGUUCUCAUUUCUCUAUAAUACUAUAUAAAUCAAUUUUAGCUUCACUUAAAUGAUUUAUUUGCUAUUUGUAGCUACAACGGUUCAUGGGUUGAAAACAUAUGCUUACGUUUGCUCGUAGAAACACAAGGGCCGAAACAUCUCGCCUAGAAGUUCCACGAUAAGUUAGGUAUAAAAAACAUAACAAAAUAAAAUAACAUCUAGGUACCCUACAUCCCUUUUGAACCUUCACUGAAAUUGAUCCUACAUAUUUCAUAUUUUUAUAUUUGAUAACCCAAGAACAUCAGCAACCAACAAUGAGUGACAGUGAAGCCUACUAGACCACAUUACCCUACCACCCUUUUGAACCUUCACUGAAAUUAUCCUACAUCUUUCAUAUUUUUUUUUAUUUGACAACCCAGGACGCAGUGCCCGGCAUUGUGCUACCGUCAUCAGGGAGACUUCGGUCUCCUAUACCAAGGGUGCCUCCGGGAACACCAAGAAGAUGGUACUGGGAUUCGAAUCUGUGACCUUGUUACAUCUCAAGUCCGAAACCCAGCCCUUUACCAACUAGACUGUCUUGCCAUCGGCGUCCUACAUCUUUCAUAUGAUCUUUACUUAGCCACAUGAUUCUCUCUCCCUCGUUACCUUUGGCAGAGUCGGCCCUUCAAGAUAGCAGGAUAAUAGGCAAUUCC